AUGGCACGUACAGAUAAGCGUGUGCAAAUGAUCAAUGAACUUGUCAACGGAUGUCAAAUUAUUAAAAUGUAUAAUUGGGAAAAAGCGAUGGAGCAACGAGUACAUGAAAUACGUCGGCAUGAACUUUCGUACAUUUUUAAAUCUAGCCGCUUGAGAUCUAUUAAUAUUGCUCUCUCCGUUUCAUCAUUACUUUUAAUUUCUCUUGCUACAUUCGGUGGCAAUUGGUUAAUGGGUCGAACUUUGCUUCCAGAAGAUAUUUUUUCGGCAGUAUCCUUCUUUGCUAUGGUUCGAGUUUCAGUAACUGUUUUAUUUCCAGUUGCUAUAGAAAAGUUUAGUGAAGCUCGUGUCUCUGCAAAAAGAAUCGAUCAAUUUAUGCAGCUUGAUAUAUUGUUCAAUAAAUGUGAAAAAAUGGAAAACAAAAAUGAAGAUCAUGCAAUCAUAAUGGAAGAUGCAUCAUUUUCUUGGAAAGACUCUUGUUGUCUGUCUGCUGUCAACCUCAAGAUUAAGCAUGGUACUUUGGUGGGAGUGAAAGGUGUUAUUGGUGCCGGCAAAUCAAGUUUACUAGCUGCCAUUCUCGGUGAGGUCAAUCUUGUCAGUGGAAAACUACAACAAUAUGCCAAUUCUAUUUCGUACGCUCCACAAUUGCCUUGGAUAUUUGCUGACACUAUUCGAGCUAAUAUUCUUCUUGGCAAACCAAUGGAUGAAGAACGUUACAAGAAUGUAAUAAAAGCAUGCUGUCUUAAUAUCGAUCUACAAAAUUUUGGUGAAGUCGGUGAUUUAUUAAUGAUCGGUGACAAAGGUAUCAAUUUAAGUGGCGGACAAAAGGCUAGAAUAUCUCUUGCUCGUGCUCUUUAUGCUGAUGCAGAUAUAUAUUUACUAGACGAUCCACUUGCUGCUGUUGAUCCAAAAGUGGCAGAGAAAAUUUUUGAUGAAUGUAUUGGUCCACAUAGUCUUCUUCGUGAAAAAACUCGAAUAUUGGUAACACAUCAGACACAUUUCUUAGUUGAAGCAGAUCAAAUGAUUCUCUUGACAAAUGGUCACAUAGAUGAAUUACAUAAUGAACAACCUGUUGCAAAUCAGCCAUUGAAUGAUACGUCAGAAACAGAUGCAUCAGAAACAGAUUCAUCUGACGAUAAUGAGACCGAGUGGACACUUAAAACUGCUAUAACUGAUAUCAAUCCAAUUGUAAAGGAUGAGACAUCAGUUGCUGGUGUCGUCAAAUGGAGUGUUUGGCUUCAACUGUUCACUUCACCACCUUUGCGUUGGUUUGGAUUUUUACUCAUCAUAUUUCUCAUGUGUGCUGCAGAAGGUCUAUACGACUUUACAAAUCGUUGGCUUGCAGUAUGGUCUAGCAAAUCUUAUGAUCAACAAAGAUCACCAUAUUAUGCUUAUGUCUAUCUUGGAUUGACAUUGGGCACAUUUAUCGUUAUAAUAAUACGCACCAGCUUUAUUUUCUUUAUCAUGUUAAGCGGAUCGACCUAUUUUCACAAUCGAAUGCUCAGCAGUAUUUUAUAUACUUCUUUACGUUUCUAUGAAAGUAAUCCAAGCGGACGAAUAUUGAAUCGAGCAAGCAAAGAUCAACAAGCAUUAGAUGAAUCGUUACCUCUAACUUUAAUCGAUAGUAUACAAUGUCUCCUAAUGACUAUUGGUUCCAUUGUCAUCAUUGGAACGACUAAUCCAUGGGUGCUUCUAAUCCUUGUUCCUUUCAUUCCUAUAGUUUUGUGGCUUCGUCGAUACUAUAUACGUUCAAGUCGUCAACUCAAACGGCUCGAAAGUGUAACACGAAGUCCAACGUAUGCAUUGUUCUCAUCAUCAUUAGACGGCUUAACUAGUAUUCGUGCGUUUAACGUUCAAACCGAUUUCUUAAAUAUGUUUAUGAAAAGAAUUGAUGCAAACUCACGAGCUUAUUUCGUUCUCGGUGCUACCGCACGUUGGUUCGGUUUACUACUCGAUUUCAUGACAUCCUUAAUUACAUUAGUUACGGCUAUUCUUGCAGUGGCAUUACGUGAUACAAUGGACCCAGCGGCGGCAGCACUCAGUCUGAGUUAUUGUAUCACCUUAACAGGCCUCUUUCAAUGGGGUAUUCGACAAUCAACCGAAGCUGAAAAUUUUAUGACCAGUGCGGAACGUAUUCAUGAAUAUGGUCAACUUGCUCCAGAAAACUAUAGAAACAGUAAUGAAAGCGAAGUUCUCAUCCAACCACCAGAUGAUUGGCCUUCUCGUGGUAUUAUUGAAUUCAAAAAUUACACUUUUCGAUAUCGUUCAGAGCUCGAUCCUGUACUUAAAAAUAUUAAUCUACGAAUUGAAUCCAAGCAAAAGAUUGGAGUUAUUGGUCGAACAGGUGCCGGAAAAUCAUCACUUCUUCAGGCUCUGUUUCGACUGGUCGAUCAAUCGGCAAUCAACGGAACUAUUCUCAUUGAUGAUAUUGAUAUUAGUCGUCUUUCACUCGGUUAUCUUCGCUCUCAUUUAAGUGUUAUUCCACAAGCACCGAUACUAUUCUGUGGUACGCUUCGAUACAAUAUUGAUCCAUUUGAAAAAUUUUCAGAUGAAGAAUGCCUUAGAGCACUGGAAGCUGUUCAACUCAAACAAUUAGUGUCCAAUCAUACCGAUGGACUAAGUCUAUUGGUGGCAGAAUCGGGAACUAAUUUGAGUGCUGGUGAACGUCAACUGGUCUGUGUAGCACGAGCCAUUCUGAAGAAGAGCCACAUAUUACUUAUCGAUGAGGCUACAGCAAAUGUUGACCAUAAGACUGAUAGGAUGAUUCAAGAGGUUAUUGCUGACAAGUUUCGUGAUCGUACCAUAUUAACGAUUGCACAUCGAUUGAAUACGGUAGCCAAUAGUGAUCGCAUUCUUAUGUUGGAACAAGGAGAGGUGGCUUAUUUUGAUGUGCCUAGUAAUAUUGAUCUAACUUAA